AUGGGGAACAAACUUUGUGGACCCCUCCUGAAGAAGGCCUACAGACAUGAAGAUUAUCCCUGGCAUAUACGCAAGGAUUCUCACCUUCUCAGAUUCCCUUGUCUUAUGGACCCAGUGAAGUUAUCCGCAGUCCUAAGAUUCCCCUGUCUUAUGGGCCCAGUGAAUGUAUCUGCAGUCCUAAAAUUCCCCUGUCUUAUGGGCUCAGUGAACUUAUCUGCAGUCCUAAGAUUUCUCUACUGGCAUAAGGUUCCCCUGUCUAAUAGGCCAGUGAACUUAUCUGCAGUCCUGAGGGGCAGUCCUAAGGUUCCCCUGUCUAAUAGGCCAGUGAACUUAUCUGCUGUCCUGAGGGGCAGUCCUAAGGUUCCCCUGUCUAAUAGGCCAGUGAACUUAUCUGCAGUCCUGAGGGGCAGUCCUAAGGUUCCCCUGUCUAAUAGGCCAGUGAACUUAUCUGCAGUCCUGAGGGGCAGUCCUAAGGUUCCCCUGUCUAAUAGGCCAGUGAACUUAUCUGCAGUCCUGAGGGGCAGUCCUAAGGUUCCCCUGUCUAAUAGGCCAGUGAACUUAUCUGCUGUCCUGAGGGGCAGUCCUAAGGUUCCCCUGUCUAAUAGGCCAGUGAACUUAUCUGCAGUCCUGAGGGGCAGUCCUAAGGUUCCACUGUCUAAUAGGCCAGUGAACUUAUCUGCAGUCCUGAGGGGCAGUCCUAAGGUUCCCCUGUCUAAUAGGCCAGUGAACUUAUCUGCAGUCCUGAGGGGCAGUCCUAAGGUUCCCCUGUCUAAUAGGCCAGUGAACUUAUCUGCAGUCCUGAGGGGCAGUCCUAAGGUUCCCCUGUCUAAUAGGCCAGUGAACUUAUAUGCAGUACUGAGGGGCAGUCCUAAGGUUCCCCUGACUUAUAAGCCAGUGAACUUAUCUACAGUCCGAGGACUCUGGGCGGAGAUAUUCCGGGUACAGGGAGAUGGAGAAGGUAUGCGAUGGAAGCGAGUUUCCGAGGAUGUGGUGCCGAUUAACAUAUCAUGUGUAGAGGACAACCCGGACACUGUGUUCCAGGUGACUGCCUACAAUAGGCAUGUGGAGAAGAUCUUUGAUGUCAAGAUCGUGCAGCCAGGAACUAUAAUAUGUCCAGCCACUGAGAGCUUUGUCCACUGGCGUGACUCUGCGGCCAAAGUUGAGUGGGGCCUCAAUUUCACCACCCCAUCGGAUGCUAAGCGUUUCCGUGAUUGCUGCACAAAUCCUGCUCAGAAGUUUUCAAGGAAGGCGUCCUCAGCCAGCUCCCUCCGACUCAGUCCACCGAAGAGGAUAAAGGGCAAAGACGCAUCAAUUUCCUCGCCCAACUCACCAGUUCACCACAACAAGAGAGCCGUGUCUAGUCCAUUUGAGCUUGGCUUCCCUGACACAUGUGACCACCUCACAGCUGACAUAGACCUUAGUCAGCCAGACAAAAAGGAAAAAUCGGCCACGAUUCCUCGUACUGGAGCAGACUCCGAACAUGAUGCACAGUUAUUUAAACCAACAGGUAUUCUAAAACCACCAUCAAGUUCGUCUGUGUAUGAUAAUGUCACCAACGCUUCAUCAAGGAAAUCCAAUGAAACUGAAACAUGUGUUAAUAAUAGGAAAUCCAUGCCUGCAGUAGGCACAACCCAUGUCUCGUUUGUAGUUGAUAAUCUGUUACAGAACACUCGACCUGCAUCUGCCAUACAAUUUACAGAACAGUAUUACCAAACACAGUAUGACAAUGAAUCUGCUGCUUGUCAGAAAGGAGCUGGACGAUGCUCGUCUGCCACUUUACCUGCAGGAAUCUCAAAGACAUGUGAAAAUGUGCGCAUGGAAACUGCCUUCGUUGGUGACUCUUCUAAGUCAUGUCAAGGUCUAAGUUAUUGUGGUAACCACGGUGAAAGUGUCACAGUUUUGUCACCCCACGCAGUGAAGCCUGGCACAUUGUCUCAAAAAACCUCUUCUUCAGAAUCUCCAGAAUGGCCCUCUCCUCCAGAGCCCUUGACCCCUAUGACCCCUGUAAACCCUAUGUGCAAUGUCGACUUUGAUAGUUCUGUUUUGAAACGUAUGCUGCAGUCCCUUCCAGUUUCUCCUGAAGAAGUAGACAUUAACAAAGACCAAGGAUUUCAUGACGAUCCAGUUUUACGCGAUAGUCCAAAGAUAGAAGAUCCAGAAAUGUUGAAGCGUGCCAAAAGUUUUACCUCGCGCGAUAGGUCAGAGGUUCGGGCAGCUUUUGCAGCCCAACAUAGCGUGACCAUAGUACCUGGUCAUGACCGACCCCAGGCCCAUCCCAAACUUAGUUCCACCAAAUCCAAACAGACCAAGCUCCUCAUUGAAAAUGAGCUACGUCUGCGGAACAAGUGUGCUCGAGAGAGCUAUGGACGGGACAGCUACCCAGACAGUGGAAUUGGUGGUAUGACAGGAGACACUGCAGGUUCAGUGUGGUCCAAUGACAGUCUCAAGGCCUCCUCCAACAUGACAGGAUUGGAAGUGGGAUCAACAAAGACAGGUGGUUCAUCAGGCGGGAGUAGCCAUGGCAGCAGUAGUAGUGGUCGUCAUAGUGACAUCAUCAACCAACUUGGUGAAGGCUCUGAUAUCAAACAGUUUAUGUCACCAGAGUUCCUAGAUGAUGAUGGUGCUGAAAGUGAUGACAGCAUUCACACAAUGACAGAAGCAGAGUCUCGCAUAUCUCACAAAAAGUUUGGUGCUAUAAGAAAGGCAGGGUGGCUGGUGGUGAAAAACUGGCUAAUCCAGAGAAAGAGGAAGUUAGAUCUGGCACCAAAGAGGAAGUGGAAACGUUACUGGGUGUGUCUUAAGGGCACUGUGUUACUCUUCUUUGAUUGUGAUGAGGAAACUCUGAUCGAUGAAAACACCAUCCCAAGACAUAUUCUAGUCAUUGAAGGGGGGAUAACCCAGGCAGUCCCAGAGCAUCCAAAGAGAGACAACAUUUUCUCCCUUAGUACAGCAUUUGGGGAUGCCUACCUGUUCCAGGCUCUAUCACCAACUGAAGUAGACAGCUGGAUCUGCGCUGUGCAUUCUGCAUGUGCAUCUGCAUUUGCUAGACAGCAUGGAAAGGACAACACUCUGCGUCUGAUGAAAAGCGAGCUACACAAACUGGAGACUAACAUUGAUGUGGAUGUUAAGAUGAAAAAAAUGGCAGAACUGCAGCUCACUGUUGUCAAAGAUCCACGAAGUCGUCAGGCCAUUAUUAAACAGAUUGGCCAAUGGGAAGAAAACUUGGAGAAGCUAUUUAUAGAACAGUAUCGCCUGCGUUGUUACAUUUCUUCGCUACAAGGAACAGAACUACCAAAUCCUAAGGUCCUCCUUGCCAGUGCAUCCAAGGUUACCAAGACAACAUUAGGAAGAUUGGGAAUCUUCACAGUCACGUCAUUUCAUGCUCUGGUGUGUGCCAGGAAGCCACUUGUGGUACCCAAUAUCUAUGGCAAAGGUCACCAUAAGGGGGGAAUGCUCUCCCCGAGGGGUGAUGGCACCUUCAAAUACAACAUAAAGACGAGUCCAUCAAAGAGCGCCAAUACUGAUGGUGUUUACAAGGCCACAGACUUCGAUGAAGUAGUAGCUGACCUCUACAAGGACAUACCUGAUGGCAUCUCCGACAAGUCAGAAGAAAGUGCCAUAAUGGAAACACUGUCUCGUAUAGCUUUACCAAAUAACCAGAAUAUUUUGGUCGGAGUGGACAAGAAAACAUCAGUCCAGCACUUGCUAGAGUCGGUGUGCAGCAAGCGACAGCUCAAUCCCUCAGAUCAUUAUGUGCGAAUAAAAAUGCCAAAUGCGCCACAAGGAAAUUACUAUAUACCAGAUAUGCAAGACAACAUCAAGAAGCUGAAAUACGAGUCCAUAGAAGUUUGCCAAAAAAGUGUGUUCCAGUUGGAUCUGCAGAAGAAUGAAUGUGAUACAGAAUUUGGGUUUGCUGUGGAGGCAGAGCUAGCAGAAGACAUAGAGCGUGACGAUGAACUCCGUUUAUAUGUUAGCAACGUCCUGCAGGCUGGCAUAGCUCACCGUACAGGUCUAAUUAUUGGUGAUGAGAUACUGGUGAUCAAUGGUAAGAUUGUGUCUGAGCUGGACAUGGUGUAUAUAGAAGCCAUGUUACAUGAGUCUAUGUCCCUAUGUCUGACUGUGCGUUCACUUCGCACACAACCACCCCCUACCUCGGUCGCCGUGGACCCUGCCGAUAUCAACAGGAUGGUGUGUCCCCCUCCACCCAGCCAGUCGCGCAUAAGUGAGAAAAGUCUCGGCAAGCUCACUGUGCCUGCACCUGUAGCCAAUGGUGAUCACAAAAAUGCAACAUCUCCGAAGCACGAGUCCAUGCCAAACUUGUCUCCGACCCAGAUUGAUGCACUUUUAGAGGGUGCUGACCAGGUUACCGCCAUCUGUCGGACAGGAAGUGACAACGCAAUGACCAACAACAUGGACAGUGCUAAUAACUACAAACCUCUUUCUGAGUCCCAGAAACUCCGUAAAGUUAUCAUGGAGCUGAUAGAGACAGAGCGAGCUUACGUCAAGGAUUUAAACUUCUUGACGGAGCGUUAUCUGGAACCCCUUAAGCAGGAAACAUGUCUCACCUCUAACGAAAUUGACCAGCUAUUUGGAAACAUCCAGGAGAUUGUGAUUUUCCAGCGACAGUUCCUUAAAAGUCUGGAGGAAGCCAUGCAGUUGGAAGACGAGUUCUUUACCACUGAUGAUCCAAAAAAUUACAGGCGAGUGCUAUUCUCUCUGGGAGGCUCAUUCUUGUUCUACGCCAAUCACUUCAAAGUCUACAGUUCAUUUUGUGCCAGUCAUACCAGAUCUCAAAAAAUUCUUAAUCCAGAUGCCAAUGAAGCGCUGAGGAAAUUUCUUCAUGUGAGGAACCCUAAACAGCAGCACUCAUCUACACUGGAAUCCUACCUGAUCAAACCGAUACAGAGAAUACUACGAUAUCCUCUCUUACUACAACAGCUCUGUAACCUCACAGAUGCUGACACAGAUGAACAUUAUCAUUUGUCAGAGGCCUUGAAAGGUAUGGAGGCUGUAGCAGAACAUAUCAAUGAAAUGCAGAAAAUUUACGAGGAAUAUGGUGCUGUGUUUGAUGAACUCUCCCGCAUGUUCAGGGACCUCUACCCUCAUAAAAAGGCUGUGGAACUGAGUGUUGGGGAGCUACAGAUGUAUGGUACAGUGGAAUGGUGCAAUAUCUGUGAUAGUCUGGGCAAGAUAAAGAAAGGCCUUGAUCUUGAGAACAUCAUCUUUGUCUUCAAAUCUGCUGUGGUGUUCCUGUGUCGAGAGAAAGUCAAGAAAAAGAAGGCAAAGAACCAGGCAAACAAGGGAACACCAGAUACACAUGAGUGCAUAGAGCGGUUCCGGACACUUAUUCCUGUUACAGAGGUUCAAGUCCAGGGUGGGAAGGUCAGUGAUAUGGACAAACAUUACUGGUGGGAGCUUGUCCACUCACGGUCUGACAAUGAAGGGCGACCAGAGAGAGUCUACCAGUUCUGUAACAGUUCUACAGAAGCCAAAUCUGACUUCAUGAAGAUAAUUCGUCAGACAAUACGAGAAAGUGUUAGGAAGAUGACACUGCCACAGGGAGGCAAUGGAAAGACCAACAAGAAUUACAUUCCAUACGGUGGCAAACGUCUUGAGGGAUUGGUCGGGAGCAACGUACGCACGCUACGGAAAAAACAGGCAAACAAGAUCCUGGAUGGUGAGAGACAUUCUAUGGAAUUGGAUGGGAAAGUGAACUUGAUAGAAGUGUCUAGUAGGACUUGUGAGGAGAACCAAGAGACGUUUGCUGUAGGUAUUUCCGCGGACACAGGACCAGUGCAGUAUGAUGACCCUACCCUAGAGGAGACUUACCUGUAAUCCCUGUAUAUUUUACAUGCAGGAUUUUUAACUCAAAAUGUUAAUUCCAAAGCUGACAGCUUUCCUUAUUAUUUGAAGUAACAAAGAUUUCUAAUUUUCAAAGUGCUAAUAUUCUUUUCUAAGUUUUGCAUAUUUUCUUUUCUCAGUUUUUCAUCCAAGAAGUGAAUUUUUUUUAAAUGUAUGUCCAUUAUUGAUAGGUGUGAAUAGUUGUAGUCCCUAUCCCAAUAUCUACAUUCAAUUGUGUUGAAAUCAAUAUUUCUCUAAAAAUUAACUUGCACAAAAGAAGUGUUCAUAGACAUAUUGAUUAAGAAGAACUUGAGAAAUAGAAUCUUAUACUAUAUCUGUAUGUAUGAACUUGUAAAAAAUGCUAAAGAAUAAUUUCUAAUGAUUUUUUUUAACCUACAAAUUUACCUUAUUUUAGUACAUCACAUUUCAAAAGUCUAAAUAUUUAAAUAAAUUAACGAUGAGUAUUAUCUUUGCCACAUACCUACAUUACAAACCUUGUAGAAUUCCUGCUGGCCAGGGAUACUGGUGGUUAAGAAGCUGUGCCACUUUAUGACCUGUUGAUAUCAGCUUCUGACAUAGAUAUCUUCCCCAUUUCUUGAUAACAAAAACAUUUUCAAAGGUGUGUUUAUAUCUAUUAAGCCAAUUGUAUGAAAUACUUGUGUCUUUUACCAGGUAAGAGUUGAGACAUGUUGAACAUAGCCAGGUUUUGAUAACAAUACAUACACUAACAGACAGUUCUAUUACGACUGUCAAAGUAUAACCUACAUCACAUAACUUAUAUAGUUUGUGUGAUUCUCAGAACAUUAUUGAAGCUCAGUUUUUUCCUUUAUCCAGUUGAGACACAUGUUGCAUGUAAAUACUGUAAAGUCUUUCAUUUUGGGAUUGAAAAAAGUCUGUGCACUGUACAGAAACAUUCGGCUAUUGAUGACUUAACCAUAUCUACAGAAAAUCUACUGUCGAUACCAGUGGUUAUUUACAAAUCAAGAAACACAAUAAAUACAAGGCUUGGAUGAACCAGAAGAUAAGCAGUAAAGAAAGGGUUAGUGGAGUAGAGCAAAGUAAGAUAAUUUGAAUUUUUUUUAUUAUUCUGUACUUGUUUUUAAUCAUGUUCAAAUUUGUUAAUGUUAAAACAUUUCUUUAAAUUUGUUACUUGUUACAUAGAAUAUAAAUCAAUAUAGAAUGCUGCAUUUCUUCUUACACUUUAAUUUUUGAUUGCUUAAAUACUGGUUAUAUAGAUCCUAUUUUAACUUAAUCAUCUU